AUCCCCUGAAAAUUAAUUCGUACAAUUGAAGUAAUUUCUUAUGCAAACACCAUGUCUUCCUCCUACCUUUUCACGAUUCUUCUUGCCACCACACUAGUCUUGGCAAAUUUUCCAUUCGUUGUUCACCCGCAAACGCUCGAAGCUGUCCUCACCUCUUCGAAAUUCCCUUACGGAUUAACAUUCACCGGAAUCGCGUAUGAUGGCGACGAUUCCAUCUACAUAUUUGGCGGACUUUACCAGGAAUACAACUCCACCACGACUGAGAUUUCAGACCAAAUAUAUCGUUACAGCGUUAUGUCCGACACUUUAACUCCGGUUGGACAAUUGCCCAACCCAAUUUACGGUGGAACUGUGGAACACGACGGGAAGGGAAACUAUUUUUUCUUUGGAGGCCACUUGAUCCAUGCAAACUACUCGUUGAAAAUCUUUAAAUUUACUCCCAGUGAUGGCCAAGUCGUACAAGUCGGAACAAUUCUCCGCUACCUUUUCAACUCUCCUUCCAUCCGGUACAACAACACAGUUGUAAUCCUGGGCAGCUCCUACUACUCCGACCCUGCAGUAUUUUCCUUCGACAUGGAAACCUACCAGGUCAAGUGGUUGCGAGACAUGCCGAAGAGCUACGUGGACCACACGGCUGUAUGGGACGAGGCGGGAAAUAGGGCAGUCGUCUUUGGUCACGUGUCUCAAAGUUGGACCCCAAAUCCCGUUGAACCUUUCACUUUAUAUAAACCAACUGGUUUUGGCGACAAUGAAGUUGUGGAUGUAAUACUGCCAUUUUCUUUUACGGGCCUCACCCAGGCGACAGUAGUCGUGGGAAGAGCUGCGUACGUGAUUGGAGCACAGAGACCCUCCACGUCAAAUUACAUUGCUCGAGUUGACCUGGAAACGAUAGAAGUUGAGCAAAUUUAUGUGGAGAACUUUGCCCCGUAUUAUGACCUCAGUGACGUGGAUAUAUUUGAUGGGAUUUCUGCCGUUUACGUGGAGAAAUUGAGUAGAAUAUAUUAUUUUGGGGGAAGCCUCCAAUUUUAUUCUUUGCACGAUCUUCAAUUCAUUGGAAAUGUCGCGUACAUUGAUUUAACUCCGUUGGGGCAAAAUUGAAACGAGAUAUCGUACUUCAUGCCUUAAAUGUUCUUGCCGAUAAAUUCAAAGUUGUAUAUAGCAUGAGGUUUAAAUUAAUUAAUUCUUUCAAAAUUUAUAAUUAAGUUUUAUCUAGGUUAUAAAUAAGGAGCGGUUUAUUAACUGAUUCUCAAUUUAUAUAAUGUCAAAAAUUCUCAAAAGGUUCGCAUUUAUGUCAUUUAAAAUAUUUGUUUUUAAUUCUGUGUCAAUAGUCUUUUACGAGAAGUUUGAAAACUAUAUAGGUUAUUUAACUUGCACAAAAGAAUAUGGGUUUGUUCAGAAUCAUGGAUUAUAGUACCAUAUAACAUGGUUAUCAUUCUUUACGAGUCAAAUAAAUUUCAAUUUUCACGCAAUUUUAUAUAGUUGGAAUUAUAUAAAUAAUUAUGUCGAUGUGCAAUUCUGUUGAAUUGUUUUGCUCGAAUGACACACCGCAGUUAAUACGAUUUAUUAACUAUUUAGCAGUUAGUCAGUACCAGAGUGUGCAAAAAGGCGCCUUUUUGGGAAAAAAUUCAUGCCUUUUUGCCGUUUUGCCCGUUUCAAUGCCGGAUUGCCUUUUUGCGUGCCAUUUUGCCCGUUUGAUGCCUUUUUGCCUUUUUCCGUAUGUUUCCAUUGGGUAUUGCCUGAACCAUUUGACAAAUUUUUCUAUGGACAAGAAAGAGUGACAACAAUGUAAUCAGCUUUACAUUUCGGUUUUUCUAAAACUUUAACAACCUUACAUUUUUUCAUAGCUACUCCACAACAUUAUUUCCCUACGCAUGCAUGAUAAUUAAGAGUAUUUGUGAAUAUUUGUACACCUAAAGAUGUGCAUAUGCGUAGAUGAUAAUCUACAUAUGUAUAUAUAGAUCUAUAUAUACAGAUGAUAAUCCAAAUCGGCUUAAUAUCUUAAUUAUUCACAUGUCGAAAAAUCCUAUGAAGUGUAAACGAUUACAAGUAAAAAGCAUACGAUAGUAUGAUCACAUUGCCCCGAUUUUACCAAAAAGGCAAAAAGGCAUUUCGGGCAGUCGGGCAUGCCCAAAAUUCACGUGCCUAAUAGGCAAACAGGCAUUUUAGGCACGGCAUGCCUUUUUGCCCUUGCACACUCUGGUCAGUACAUACUUUCCUCGUGCAGAAUUUCUCCAGGUCUGACCGUGGCACUCCCAGGAGCAAUAUUUAUUUACAAUCCUUAUACAAUGCACGUGAUUGAUUGAUUGAUCCAAACCCUCAUUAAUGUGCAGACAGAGGUUACACUACACAAUAAAUCAGACUAUUAUUGACAUGCAUCCGUUAAACCCGUCCAAAAUUCAAAAUAUUGUUGGAGUUUAAACAAUAUCACCAGAUAUUUGUGGUUAAUCCAAAUUUAAAUUGACGUCACGUAUCACUUCAGGUGUUCAAAAUGACACCAAAAGAAUGCAUAAAAUCCAAUCAAAUAAAUUGGCAAUACUCACUUAGCAAUUAUUUGGCAAUUCGCCCAUUUUGCAAAAAUGGUUCUCGCAUAUUAUGGUUUUUUGUCGGUCCUAAGCGUCCUUCUGCUCGGCAAUGUCAAUCUUUCCGAUCAGGUGUCCACUUACCAGGAGGGAGUCAAAACUGCUGCCGCACCUGGGUCAAAAGUGACGAUUACGGUGGGAGAACAGAACGGAUUUGCAUAUACGGUGAAUGGAGAGACCGUGUCUCCAUAUCGCAUCGCUGUCUCGGGUAAUUACUACAAUGACGAAGUUUACCCUGGGCGUGGUUUCGUCGACCUCUUUCUCGUGGUGGAUACCGGAAUUUACGGCUACUACAGAUGGGAUAUUCCCCCACCACCAAACGACAAUGUUUUGCAAAUACGAAUUUGGAAUCGGUUCAAUGCGGAAUUCAUUUUCAGGGUGAUUUGCCCAUAUCCAGUGUAUGCAGACCAGCUUCGUCACGGCCAGUAUAAUUCAACGGCUGUACUGAUCAAUGGUUUGUCGAGGUCACAAGUACGCUAGACUUUUUGGGAAAUACUUUGAAUGAUUUUUGGAAAUUCUGAAAUAAAUAUGAGACGUGUUUCUUGGUAAUUUCAUGAAAGUAA